AUGGCGAAAAGUCAUGACGUAGAUAAUGACGUAUAUAAUCAUCUGCAUGAAAAGGAAGAGGAUUCCGAUAUUGAUGAAACUUACGACCACGCCCAUGGAAACAUAAACCGUACAACGGAAGAAAGUGACUGCAGUACUUUAAAUACAGGGAGACGAUAUAUGGCACCAGAUGUUUCAGCUACUGAAGAUAGUGUUUAUUAUGAACGCGAGCAACAUGGUGAUUACUCUUCACUGAAAAAGCAAGAUAACCAGACGGAUGUAGGUUUUAACAACACUUCUUAUGAAACUGAAAGAGGAGCAGAUCAGAAUCUUUUUGCCGAGCAACGAACAAAUGAGAAACAGAUUGUGAAUGGCCCACCGUUUGCUCAUUCUGUUGAUUUACCAGGAACAAAAACCGCGCGCACCCACCAUGGAAAUGAAAGUUCGAUGAUGAAAAGUUAUGACGUAAAUGAUGACGUAUACAACCAUCUGCAUGAAAAGGAAGAGGAUUCCGAAAAUGAUGAAACUUACGACCACGCCCAUGGAAACAUAAGCAGUGCAAUGGAAGAUAGUGAUUACAACAAUCUCAAUACAGGGAUAAGAUAUAAGGAACCUGAUGUUUCUGUUGCUGAAGUUAACGAUUAUGAUGAUAGAGAGCCGCCUGGUGAUUACUGUGCACUGAAAAAGCAGUAAAGAUGUAAAUGAAUAUUCAUUAGCAAAACUAUUGCUGUGCCUAGUCCGAGUCACGCAUUUUAUUUCUGAAACUGUUUGUUGCCUUACAUUAACUUUAGAGACUUUACGCAGACAUAACACAUAUAGUGCAAGAGAUCUUAAAUGUACAAUUCCAAUCAUAAUAAUGAUUGAUUUUAUAUAGCGCUUUUCUUGCAUACAUGUAAUUGCUACUCAAUGUGCUUUACAAUACAUCACAUGUAUUACCCCAGCAGACCAGCAGACCAUAACAAUCCAGAAUCUUUCUCAGUGCAAGCUGCCUUUAAGGAAGCUAACAUUCUGACAAUAUCUUUCACUGUCUAUAGCCCGGUACCCCUUAUUACACUUGGAUGGAGUGUGGAAAUUCGUGAAAAGUGCCUUUUCCUAGGACACAACCUCGAGUUGCUUUGGUCCGGAUUUUAAUUAACUCACAACCUUUUGGUUUGGAGUUCGGCAUCUUAACCACUAGACUACCGACGCUAUCACUUGGAUAACAUAGGAAAAACAAUUUUCAAUGUGUGUUUCUUUCUUAAGUUUGUGCGCUUUUAAGGCACAGAUUCAUUUGACUACAUUUUUGGUAUGAUUUUUCGAGUCGGGGUUCUUCAUUUCUUCUCCUUUUAUAAUGCUGAACAGAUUUUUUUUUUGCCUUGAAAUAUUAGGUUAUUUACGUUGAUAAU